AUGGACUGUAGCCCUCCAGGCUCCUUUGUCCAUGGGGACUUUCCAGGCAAGAAUACUGGAGUGGGUUGCCAUGCCCUCCUCCAGGGGAUCUUCCAAACCCAGGGAUCAAAUCCAGUCUCCUGGAUUGGCAGGUGGGUUCUUUACCACUUGUGCCACCUGGGAAGCCCUUUAUUUAGCCUACUAAGUACUAAAAAAAAAAAGACUUUAGUGCAUUAUAGAAUAAAACAGAUGGGGUCUCUAAAAAUGAAUAUAAAACAGUCAUUCUUCUAUGAGUUAUUAAAUAAACUUUACCAAAUACUUGUGAUUUGA